AUGACAACCUCAACGAAUGAGUCUUCUUUCCUUCAAUGUUAUUCAAGUUCAUUUCGUCCAGACUUCUCGAAUGUGUCAUCGUUUGGAUUGUCUUCGCAGUCGCAGUGGCCGGAGGCUUUUUCCAGUGGUUGGGAUGAGCUUCUUCUCAACUUCAAUGACUUUGAAGAAAUGGUUUGGGUGGAUAUGGCAGCGGCCUCAGAUCAGUCCAAGAACUCCAUUAAUGGCGUAAAGGAAGAUAACCCCACAUCGAAGGAUAUCGCUAAACACGAAGAAUCAUCGAAGAAACAGAAAGCUUACGUAGGUGUGAGGAAGCGGCCAUGGGGGAAAUACGCUGCCGAGAUCAGGGAUUCGACGAGAAAUGGGGUCAGGGUUUGGCUUGGAACAUUCAACAGUGCUGAAGAAGCCGCUUUAGCUUACGACCAAGCCGCGCUUUCGACGAGAGGAUCAUCGGCGAUACUCAAUUUUCCGAUUGACGUCGUCAGGGAAUCGCUUUGGGACAUCAAGUACCGAUUCGACGACGGUUGCUCGCCGUUGGUGGCGCUGAAGAAGAGACACAGCUUAAGGACAAGAUCCAAGAACAAGAAGAUUGUCAGUAAAGAAAACGAGGUUUCAAGGGAGACAAGACAACGACAGAACUUGGUUGUGUUGGAAGAUUUAGGAACUGAUUACUUGGAACAACUUCUAAGCUGUUCAUGUUAUAAUUCCAAUAAUUUGAAAAACAAGUAUGAAUGCUAUAAUGAAUAA